CACGUGUACACCAGCAAAUAUGAGAACAUUUUAAGAGCUUACUAUAUUAAGUCCUCUCAAAACAGGAAACUAUAUAUUAUUGUAAUCAAUUAUUUAAUUAAUUAUUCCUCUGCAACUUCCUUAUUCUUCCAUUAUCAAAUCGUGCAUGAACCAUAAUGCUACAAAAAAACUCUUAACUGCUAGCAUUGACUUGUUUGUAGCAAACUAACUUUCAUUUUUCAUCAUCAAUGGAGAGACAAAGAAGUUUCUCUUUCAAACCCACUAGACUUUUACUCUUUACAUUCACACUCUUUUCUUCCAUCUUCUUCCUUUCAUCUUUCACUAUCUGGCUCACCAAAUCCACUACUACACCUUCACCAAACACUGUCUCUGUAAAUCUUCAACCUCUAACUGUUCAUUCAUUGACCACCCACAACUUCACUCUACAAAAACUUCCAUCUUUAAUAGAUAACCGUCUUUCUAGAAGCCAAAAUAAUGUUUCAGGAUCCAAAUCUGAAGCUAUAGAAAACAACCAUGUUGGUGCUGCUUCAAGUGUUAAUUCUACCGUAAUGCAUGGUAAUAGAACAAAGGUUGAAGUGAGUAAGAGUAAAGUUUUGAUUUUUAAGAAGGUUGAGGUGAAGAAGAUAGUGAAAGAGUGUGAUUUAACAAAAGGGUAUUGGGUUUUUGAUGAAAGUUAUCCUAUUUAUGCUAGAGAUUCCUGUCCUUUUAUAGAUGAAGGUUUUGAUUGUGAAGGGAAUGGAAGAUUGGAUAGAAACUUUACUAAGUGGAGAUGGCAACCGAAAGAUUGUGACCUUCCAAGGUUCAAUGCAACAAAAAUGUUGGAGUUUAUAAGAGGAAAAAGGCUAGUUUUUGUGGGUGAUUCCAUUAAUAGGAACCAAUGGGAAUCAAUGUUGUGCAUGUUAUUGAGUGCUGUUAAAGAUCCAAAGAGAGUGUAUGAGGCACGUGGAAGGACAAUUACCAAAGAGAGAGGGAACUAUUGUUUCAGGUUUCUGGAUUAUCAAUGUACAGUAGAAUACUACGUGAGUCAUUUCUUAGUUCAUGAAAGCAAAGCAAGAGUAGGGCAGAAACGAAGACCAACUUUGCGAAUUGAUGCGAUUGAUCACGGUUCGUCAAGAUGGAGAGGAGCUGAUAUUUUGGUUUUCAACACAGCACAUUGGUGGUCACAUCACAAAACCAAAGCUGGGAUUUAUUACUAUCAAGAAGGAACUCUAGUUCAUCCCCGGCUAAAUGUUUCUACAGCUUUUUCGAAAGCUAUGAUGACUUGGGCUUCAUGGGUGGACAAACACAUAAAUUCUAAGAAAACCCAAGUUUUCUUUCGAAGUUCGGCACCAUCUCAUUUCAGGGGAGGUAAUUGGAAUUCAGGAGGGCAUUGUACAGAGGCCACUUAUCCUCUUAAUGAAACCUUAAAUACCAUGUAUCCUGAGAAGAAUAUAAUCAUAGAAGAGACAGUAAAGCAGAUGAAAACUCCCGUGACAUGGUUGAAUAUAACUAGUUUGUCAGAAUUUAGGAUAGAUGGUCACCCAUCCAUUUAUGGGAGAAAAACACAAUCCUCAAGAAUUCAAGAUUGUAGUCAUUGGUGUCUUCCAGGGGUUCCAGAUGUAUGGAAUGAGUUGUUAUUUUUUCACUUACAAAAUAGACGAGGGUGAACUUUUCAAAUAGCACCCUAUUCAUUUUUUAUUCUGCAACUGUGUAUACGUAGCUUGUGAAAAUUUCCACUAGUUCAUGAAAAUGAAUGAUUUCAUGCACUUAGCAUAA